AACUGAUGCUCCAUCACUGAGUAGUGCUAACAGGAAGAACUGUGGUCAGAAAGCAAAUACACGUACAAGAAAGCUCACUGGUCGUAAGAUUAACAGGAUAAUAUAUACUGUUAACACACUUUUUGAACUUGGAGCCAUCGAAGGUGCAAGAUCCUAUUCAGGUGCUUCAAACCAGAAGUAUCUUCUCGAGACAUUCAAGAUACCAAAAACUCUUUGUGACAUGUAUGCUAAUCUAAUGAGGGCCAUAAAUUAUAAUGAUCGGAAAGCAUUUAAAAUUCAAGUAAUUGGCAUUUUACAUCUUGGAUUAUGGAUUCAAUUUGCUAGAUUAUAG